UCAACAGAAUCAACAGUGCAGCAAUGACACGGGAAGCCAAUGUUGCCAGUUCAGAGUAGGGACAUUUCUUUCUGUAUCACAUUGCCCUGACCAGUCUGGCGGGAUUAGGGUGGCGGGCACAGCUGCUAUUGUAAAUGCUGUUGUCUGAGGUGGUUAUACAGACGCGUUGUAGGAGCAGCAUAAAAAACACAAGAGCCUGUUGGAUCAGGCCAAAAGCCCAUUUAGUUAAAUACCCUAUUCUCACAGUGGCUGACUAGAUUCCUGUGGGAAACCUUCAAGCAGGACCCAAACGCAAGAGCACUAUCCCAUUUCUGGCUUCUAGCAGCUCCCGUAUCCAGACAGAGAGAGCCAGUGUGGUGUAGUGGUUAGGAGCGGUAGACUCGUAAUCUGGUGAACUGGGUUCGCGUCUCUGCUCUUCCACAUGCAGCUGUUGGGUGACCUUGGGCUAGUCACACUUCUCUGAAGUCUCUCAGCCUCACUCACCACACAGAGUGUUUGUUGUGGGGGAGGAAGGGAAAGGAUAAUGUUUGAGACUCCUUCGGGUAGUGAUAAAGCGAGAUAUCAAAUCCAAACUCCUCCUCCUCCUCCUCCUCCUCCUCCUCCUCCUCCUCCUCCUCUUCUUCUUCUCUUCUUCUUCUUCUUCUUCUUCUUCUUCUUCUUCCUACUGUUGUCUAUGCUCUGGUAACCUCAAGGUUAGAUUACGGUUCAGAAACUUCAGCUAGUGCAGGGUUCAGUGGUCAGGUUGCUCACCGGAGCAAGACAGUUUACACCAAUCCUGGUCCGACUGCACUGGCUACCAAUUAGUUUCUGGGCCCAAUUCAAAGUGCUGGUUUUGACCUAUAAAGCCUUAAACAGCUCAGGACUGCAAUACCUCAAGGACUGCCUCUUCCCAUAUGAACCUACCCCUCUGAGGCCCUCCAACGUCUGCCCCCUCCUUGAGAGAUCCGGAGGGUGGCAACUGCAGUGGCUCCCCAUCUGUGAAAUACUCUCCCCAGGGAAGUUUGCCUGGCGCCUUCAUUGUACACCUUUAGGUGCCAGGCAAAAAUGUCCCUUUUUAACCAGGCCUUUGGUUGAUCUGAUUUACAUCCUAUGCUCUUUUAAAAUGUGGGGGUUUUUUUGGGGGGCUAUUAGGUUGUUAUUUUUAUUAUGUAUUUUGUGGUUUUCUAUCUUGAUUUUAUUCUGUGAACUGCCCUGAGACCCCCAGGUAUAGGGCGGUAUAUAAAUUCAAAUAAUAAUAAUAAUAAUAAUAAUAAUAAUAAUAAUAAUCAGAAGCAUUAUGGCCUCCAACUGUGGAGUGUUUGGCUAGUAAUAAGCUUGAUAGCUAUCUCCUCCAUGGAUUUGUCCAAUCCUUUUUAAAAGUCAUCUAGAUGGGGAGCCAUCACUGUUUUGCGUGGGAGCAAGAUCACACUUGUACAAUAAGAAUUAUUAGCAAAACUCUGAGAUUUUUGGAAAGCAAAAAAUAACAAUGAACCAAAAAAAGAGUUAACACUUGCAACAACUUUCUAAAUAUCCGGCUAGGCUUGUCUAAACAAAAAUCUUUUCGGUAUUUUGAUAAGGUAAGCAUCCGAGGGGGCAAUCUGUUUUGCUGUGUUGAAUGCUCGGCUCCGAAGCAAACAUAAAAAUUACAGAACAUUUGGUGAAUGUUUGCGAUAUAAUUGUGGUGGGAUUGAGCAAAUAUGAUUUCAUUUUGAAAUAUAAUUUUCAUUUUGAAAUGCUCCUCCAGAGCAUUCUUUUUCCUGCUGCUCUAAUUUAAAUGUAAUUGGACACAUGGCCACCAGAGGGCAGAUGCAAGCUUAAUAUCUUAUGCUUAUUAUAGCCUAUUGUUGUCUACUUCUGGUUUAAUAUCCAGUUUCUCAUAUUUUCUAUAAGUUGUGUAGCAGUAUUCUUGUAACAGUGCAUUCUAGAAUAUGUCUGCUUAUUGUGUUGAGUGAUUCCUUUACAUAGUAUAUAUAAUUUUUAUUAAAUUUUCUAAUUUACAUUUCAAAAUAUUCAUUUGAACAACGUUAAAUCAAUGACUUCCCUCCUUAUCUUUCCAUGGUUCAUUUUGCAUACCGUACAUCCCUGCAUAUUUUACAUGAGCUAAACCAUUCAGUAACCCAUUGUUACAUCCAUCAAAACUUAUUUACACUGUGGAAUUUAUCUUAAUGCUACCAGCAUUUUGAAAUGAACAGUUUUCACCUAUGUAUUCAGUAAACAUUUUCCAGUCUUCUUUAAACGUGCAUUCUUCUUGUUCUCUUAUUCUAUAUGUUAAAUAUUCAAGCUGAGCAUAUUGCAUCAGUUUAAGUUGCCAUUCUUCUUUGGUUGGGACCUCGCUCGUUUUCCAUUUUUGGGCUAACAAAAACAUGGGCCGCAGUAGUGGCGCGCACACACACACACACACACACACCUGAGAGUUUCCCUCUGAAUUAUCCCCAACAAAAAGGACUUUUUUUUUUGGAAAAGGUACUUUUAAACUUACUUUUCAAUUCAUUAUAUAUCAUUUCCCAAUACUCUUUUACCCUUUUACAAGUCCACCACAUAUGAUAAAACGUACCCUCAACCUCAUUACAUUUCCAACGCUUAUCUGAUUUGGACUUAAACAUUUUAGCGAGUCCACUUGGAAUUAAGUACCAUCUAUAAAUCAUUUUCAGGUAGUUUUUCUGCAAAGAAUAACAUGCAGUGAACUUCAAAUCGCUCUUUCAAAGUUUUCCCCAGAGAUUCAAAUCUAUAUUAUGUCCUAUAUCUAUUGCCCCUUGUAUUAUAGAAACUUUAACAAGCUCAUCUUUUGUUUCCCAAUCUAACAGCAGAUUGUACAUUUUUGUGAUUCCUAGGCUUGGAGAGAUGGCAGAUGUGAGAUCUAUAUGUUGGCCUUUAUUCUAUAUCUCAUCUUUUGGUUGGUCUUGUAUCAUGUGAUACAAAUGUCUGAUGCAGCAGCACUACACAUACUUGCGACAGUGUGUUUCCUGACACCUCUGCGGUUGCUCCCUAAAGUCGUCCAUCCCCACAGACACCUCAGAGAUCUUGGUUAGCAGUCAUGCAAACACCACACCUUUCAAGGCAACCUUCCUGUCACCAGGAGGAAAAAACUGCAGCAGCCACAACAGCCACUGGCAAUUUUGAAGACCCUCACCAGUCAUGACGUCACUUGCAUGCAUCAUUACACCAAGCAACAGGCAAUGACAUCACAAACGCAGAGCUUACUUCACUUAGCCCACUCCCCCAAGGGGACAACGGUACCCUUCCUUUGUUGGCCCCUCUUAGCUCUGUCCCCAUUGCUGAGUGGUGAGGAAGGUGACGUGGAACUGGGGUUCAAAAAUCAAACCUAAACAUUGUCCCUUGGGAGGAUGGUUCAAGCCCACCAUUUGCUCUUGCCAAAUCGACACAAUGCAAUGUCUCUAGACACUGAGGCCACCAGGAACAGCAGACAGAUCCAAUUUUUAUUUCAGUGGUGUCUUUGAGGGCAGUGGAGCAUGGCUGCCAUUCAUAUCUAUGGGGGAAACCGAGGGCUGCUCUUGAGAACAAUGGGGCAAAACACCUGUAAUGAACCGGCCCCAUAUUCUGUGAUGAAUUGAUUUCUGCGAUGAUCCUGCCCCUGACCAUUUUUGCUGAUCUGGUAUUGAUUCCCCCCCCUUUUAAUCCCACCCCCUGUUCUGAUAUGGUUUCAAAUACAGUAGCUGGGUUUUCUUGAUGAUGUGCUAUUACGUUUAUAUGUUUUAUCUUUAUAUGUUUUAUGUGGUCUUGCUGGCCAUAUGACCUGGAAAGCUGUCUGUGGACAAACGCCAGCUCCCUCAGCCUGAAAGCGAGAUGAGCGCCACACCCCAUAGUCGCCUUUGACUGGACUUAACUGUCCAGAAGAGAAGAAGAAGAAGAAGAAGAAGAAGAAGAGGAGGAGGAGGAGGAGUAGUUUGGAUUUGAUAUCCCGCUUUAUUACUACCCUAAGGAGUCUCAAAGUGGCUAACAAUCUCCUUUCCCUUCCUCCCCCACAACAAACACUCUGUGAGGUGAGUGAGGCUGAGAGAUUUCAGAGAAGUGUGACUGGCCCAAGGUCACCCAGCAGCUGCAUGUGGAGGAGCAGGGAAUUGAACUCGGUUCACCAGAUUACGAGUCUACCACUCUUAACCACUACACCACACCUUUACCUUUAUGUUUUAUAUGUAAACCACUUUGAUGAGACGUUCCAGAAGUGAAAAGUGAUAUAGAAACUCUCCAAAUAGUUAAUAAAAAAAUACAAGCUUCACUUAUCCAUAGGACAGCCACAGUGUCAAAACCAACGUUUUGCGGCGCGAAGUACUGCAGAUCUAAAGGGAGAGAAAAAGCAGGCUCCCAGAACAGCUUAGUCAACACAGGGACUUCCCACUCAAAGGAAAUACUGUCAUGGUUAGGAUGACUGUAUGGGGGUUUAUACAUAGCACUGAUCCAGUCUGAGUAAAUAGGAUUCCAACUGAGGUUACUUAUCCCAUUCUCGCCCCUCCUGCUUGCACCCUUUCCAUCAUCACCCAUUUUGACCUUCGUUGACCUUGCAAUGUUUUAGUAAUGACACGGGGCACAGCAUGACAGCAGCAUCACAAUGUCAGAUUAUGGCAUGCUAGGGGACUUAGUAGUGACCCUGCCUUGUCCAGCCUGCAUAACAGGAGGAUAGGCUCAUGCUGUAAAAACAGCCAGUAAUUAAAUAGCUUAUUUGGGAGCAACGCUGAGCACACAGCCUGAUGGGCUUUGUUAUAAUUAGCUAAUGACACAUAGAACCAAAUAUGCAAAGCAGGUAUCUUGGGGGCUCUCUUUUUACAACAUAACUUUUCCAGAAUAUGUCUGCCAUGUUGACUAUGUCCAUUUCCUACUGGGGAUUCAAAGGCUCCUGUGACUUAAAGGGCUCUACAGAAUCAGGACCAGUGUUCUCUCUCUCUCCAAACCAAGUAGGACAAAGAUGUUUAUAGACCAAAUCUGUCACCCAGGUAGCUAUAAAUACUUUUCUAUCCUAGUCUUCUAAGGUGAUGGGUUAAGCAGGUUCAGGCUAAUCUCUGUUUUCAGCUAGGCUUCAUGGGGAUGAGACUAAUCAUUUUUCCAUCAACAUAGUGUUCUCUGAAAACACUAAUACCAACUACUGACACUAGAUGUCACCAAAAGAAUAGAUCAUUUCCCACUCCAAAAGGUGCUGGCUCUGUGUUGUUGACACAUUUUCAUGCAGGUGAAGGCUAAUACCUGUUUUUGACCCAUCUUCCUAAGGAUUGUUGUUCCAUCAGCAGGGUUUCUGCCUUUGCUCCUUGCUUAUGACAUAUCAAGGUUUUCAGCAGUCUCCGCAAUGAAAGAUGCAGACAGGAGAGCAUAUUUACAGCUUUAUUCAAUGUAGUUCAGAACAAAGGAAAGCAUGACUGCUUGCCUCCGUGUCCAGGAAAUAAGUCAGAAACAAAAGCUAUAUACAAAAUGGAAGUUCCCAGCAGACAGUGCUGGGAGUAAACAGGCAUGUGAUACACAACAAUCAUGCCUGACCCUUUAAGGUGGAACAGAACUAUAUCCUAACAGUCUUGUACAGGAAUUACUGUUUGUGUGAACCACCAACAUGGGUGUUGUGUAUGUUUCAGUGGUGGAGAUGCUUGUUUGUACAGAUGGGUGGUGCUGUGGUUUAAACCACUGAGCCUCUGGGCUUGCUGAUCAGAAGGUCGGCAGUUCAGAUCCCUGAGACAGGGUGAGCUCCCGUUGCUCUGUCCCAGCUCCUGCCAACCUAGUUUUUCGAAAGCAUGCCAGUGCAAGUAGACAAAUAGGUACCGCUCCGGUGGGAAGGUAAAUGGCGUUUCCGUGUGCUCUGGUUUCCGUCACAGUGUCCCGUUGCACCAGAAGCUCUUUAGUCAUGCUGGCCACAUGACCUGGAAAGCUGUCUGUGGACAAACGCCGGCUCCCUCGGCCUGAAAGCAAGAUGAGUGCCGCAACCCCAUAGUUGCCUUUGACUGGACUUAACCAUCCAGGGUUCCUUUACCUUUACCCUUUUACAGACGGUGGAUCCAUGCAAACACGACUAAGCCAGCAUCAGCCCUCCAUUAUGACAUGUGGGCAUAAUGUCAUAGGUGAACUGUUGCUUUGCACCACCUUUUAUCUGUCUCACAGGCCCCUUUAGAUGAAAAUUGUGAGACUACCCCCGGUGUCACUGAACUCUCCCACUCCAUUUGAUGUUCACCAAUUUCUUGUGUAGAAGAUCUAGUGACUUUAGAGGUUUAUUUUCUCUUGUGUCAUUUACACCUGGGGUGUGUUAUUUUCUUUUGAGUCUUUUAGGUAAUUUUGGGUCAUUUAGAUUGUUUUAUGCUGUGUUGUUUACACCUGGGGUGUGUUGCAUUUCCAGAGAUGGUAUAGCAGAGCCAGUGAAGCAAUGUGGCUAUGAGCUAGAAAGCCCCUUGUUUAAACCUCACCUUAGCCUUAUACCCCUCCCCCCAAGAAGCCUAUAUAUGUUCUUCCCUGGUCUCUUAUCACAGGCAUGUGAACAUCCCCCCUCCACCAGGCAUUUGGGAAUUAGAUUGAGAUUCCAUUUUUCUUUUCUUUUAUGACCUUCCAAUUUUUUGAGGGGGGGGGGAGGGAGGGUAAUUAAUUACAUUUUCAGUGUUAUUUUUCUAGCAAUGGCGCCCACCUGAGAGGUGCUGGAACUGAGUUUUGUUGAGUUUCGGCUGAAAAUCAGGCCUGUUUAUUCUUAUAUUGGGAACUUGUGUCAUGUUGAAAGCUGGUCUCUAAACAGUUUAGAGUUAACCUAUCACUUAACCACGGGCUUCCUGGCUGAAUGUCCACUGCAAUUUCCUUUGAUGUGUUCUAUAUUCUCACUUCAUCCAUUGAAUUAAAUAUAACUAUUACUUAGGGACAGAUUUAUAGCUACCUAACAGAACAGUUACUUCUUGGUACAGUGAUGUUUGGAAAAACAUGUGCAGAAAUCCACAGGAUCCCACCAGGUCUUCAGAAGCAGCUAUCCCUGCGUCAAAGAAGAUUACUCCUAAUAGGAUUUGCUACUUGGAGGCUGUUGUUCUGUCUGUUGCAAAACCUGCACAGUGUUUACUUCAGGAAGAAUAUGGAUCUCAUCUGUCAUGCAUGUCUUCUUCUGCUGCUGCUUUUCUCUUAUGGGACAACCCCAACAAUUUCAUCUUGUGUCACAGGAUGCACCUGUUCCAACGAUAACUUUGGAAGGUAAGAAACAUUGGUAGGACUAUAGAGAAACAAGUAGUGGCUGAAUUGUGCCCAAUAUUGCUAGUAUUUUUUGAGAAUUCUGUUUAAUUUCAAGUUCAUUUUUAGGGCAUGAUUAGUUUUCUGAAAUAGUAAAUCUUCGGAUAUGAUGUUAAUGUACUUUUGUUUGGGUGUUAAAACAAGAAAGAUGAAAAUGAAGCAAGUGCAUUCUUAACAGUGUCAUAAAAACAGAAACCUUCACUUUGCUGUCAUUCCAUGUACAGUGGUACCUCGGGUUAAGUACUUAAUUCAUUCCGGAGGUCCGUUCUUAACCUGAAACUGUUCUUAACCUGAAGCACCACUUUAGCUAAUGGGGCCUCCUGCUGCUGCUGUGCCGCCGGAGCACGAUUUCUGUUCUCAUCCUGAAGCAAAGUUCUUAACCUGAAACACUAUUUCUGGGUUAGUGAAAUCUGUAACCUGAAGCGUAUGUAACCUGAAGCGGAUGUAACCUGAGGUACCACUGUAAUGGAUUAAAACCAACUAAGCAAUAUGUUAACUUUGCUGUUUUGCUUUCUAGGAGUUUGCUUUGCAUGUCAACAUCAUUGAGAAAGAUCCCUGGGGGCAUCCCUGAAGAUAUAAAAAAAAUUAGAAUAGAAAAUUCUCACCUAACAGAAUUGCCUCGUGGGUCAUUCUCUAAUGUCAGUGCCUUGGAAUAUCUUUGGCUUAAUUUCAAUAACAUCACGGUCAUGCAUCUGAAAAGCCUCGAGUACCUGACGGAUUUGACUGAGCUGAGACUGCAGGGGAACAAGCUGACUUCAGUACCAUGGACAGCGUUCCAAGACACGCCAGCUUUGAAAAUACUGGAUCUAAAGCACAACAGGCUCGAUGUCCUUCCAGAACAUGCCCUCCGCUACCUGCCUAGCCUGACCUAUUUAGACAUCUCUUCCAAUCAGCUUACUGUCAUCUCCAAGGAUGUUUUCUAUAACUGGCCUGUGUACCAAAAAACCCAGCAGCUGGAGAAGAAGCUAGACGCUAUUUCCAACGCGGUCUUGGCUUUGCACGACAACCCAUGGAUAUGUGACUGUCGCCUGCGAGGGUUUGUCCAGUUUAUCAAAUCUAUUAGCCCACCCAUCAUUCUGAUGAAUUCUUACUUAACUUGCUCAAGUCCCAAAUUCAGAGCAGGAAAGUACUUUCAUGAAGUGGAGCUGAAUAACUGCAUGAAGCCAUUGGUAUCACCCUCUGAGCCAAAUCCCACUGUAUAUGUUGGGCUGAAUGUGACCUUGACCUGUCUGGUGCAGGCCAGCCCUUCCCCAGCAAUCUGGUGGACCUAUAUGUUAAAGCACCUACGAGGAUUUAAUGGUAAGCAUUACUCCAAGGAAAGUUAUAUUCAUUUGCCUCUGAACUUCUAGUCAGGGGCUGACCGCAAACCAGUUAAGCUGAGUUAGCCCACUGGAUUCAAUGAGACUAAACUGCCUUAUUCACUUUUUUUGCGAAUGGGCUGCCACUUACCAAAUAGAAAAGGUGGGUGAAACAUGGACAACCAUUGUGUGAUAUUAUAUGAGUAAAGCCAGUCAGAUUCUUGUUAAAAAAUCAUGUUGAUUUAGGAGGGCUGAAGUAUUAGAUACCUUCACCACCAGUCCCUUCUCUGCCUAUUAUGUCUAUAUCCCACCUUUCCUCUAAGAAGCUCAGGGUAGCAUGCAUUGUCCCCUCCAUUUUGUUCUUAUAACAUUUCUGUGAAAUUGACUGGCAAAGGGAUAGCAACUGCACAAGAUCACUGAAUGAGGUUCAUGGUUGAGUGUGGCUUUGAACCUGGGUCUUCUCAGUCCUGUUUGAUUAAUAAUAAUAAUAAUAAUUUAUUUGUACCCCGCCCAUCUGGGUGGGUUUCCCCAGCCAUUCUGGGCGGCUUCCACAAAUACCAAAAAUACACUAAUAUGUCAUACAUUAAAAACUUCCCUGAACAGGGCUGCCUUAAGAUGUCUUCUGAAUGUCAGGUAGUUGUUUAUCUCUUUGACAUCUGAUGGGAGGGCGUUCCACAGGGCGGGCGCCACUACCGAGAAGGCCCUCUGCCUGGUUCCCUGUAGCUUUGCUACGAUGGGGGUGGAGACGCUCCUUCAGGUACAACCAACAACCAACAAUGGCUCCCCUCUAUAUGAGCAGGAGACUGAUGAAACAAGCAUAGUUUUGGUUUAGACGUACAAAAAUCUCUCUCUGUGUCAUCAAGAGAAAUAUGAUUGUCAUGAUUUCAGAUGGAGCAUUAUCAUUUGAUUUCGGUUUUGUAUGCCCUGUCUUCAGUUGGCUAUAUUAUUGAAAUUUUAUUGUUGUUUACUUGUUUCUCUGAUUCCAUAAUAUUUUUUUGGGGGGGAGGGUGGAAUUAAAACAAAAACAAACAUACUAUGCCUGGAUGGAUAUGCUGAGCUUCCUGGAUGCUCACAUUUAUUAUGACUUGCUUAAAAAUCCCAUCCUUUGGGUAUGAAACCCGUACCACGCUGACUUAGGGAAGGAGCAUAACUCAGCGGCUGGUCACAUUCUUUGAAUGUAGAAAGUCCCAGAUUUAAUCCUUGGAAAUUCUAAGCUAAAAGGAUCAGGUACCCAAUGAUCCCUGCCUGAGAUCUGAGAGAGCCACUUACUAGUAAGACUAUAAUGGGGUAGAUGGGUGAAUAGUCAGACUGGAUAUAAAAUAGCACUCUAUGUUCCUUAGAGUACAUCAAAUGAUUUUAAUUGGACUGCUCCAGUGUCAAUGAAUUGCUGAAAAUAGCUGAAUAUAUCCAUCAUAUGCCAUGUGCUCUCUCACAUUUUCUUUGAAACAUCUUAAUGAGGUUGCCAAGUCUACUCAUAUUUCCCUUCUUCCAGACCCCUCCUCACAUCCUCAGGGUUGACCCAUCACUGGAGUGCCAUUUUGUAACAAUGACUGCUCUAUAUCUAGUACGGCUUGCUUCAUUAGUAAUACUUUGUUUAUUAAUUACUUUAUACAUUGGCCAUGGUAUAGCAUCCAAUUGAAACAAAUUGAUUUGUGGGCUUUGAGGCUAAUCCGGCACAAAUUAGCCACAGCUGCAUUCAGCUAAAAUCAAGGGAAGCUAAAUUAUUUUCUUUUCAUUCCUUCCUUCAUUAGUCACAAUGAAGCCCCUUUCCAUUGUUUUUGAUAAGAAAUAGUUGUCAGCAAUUUUUUGCUGGACUGUGACUCUUUAAAGCAUAUUUGAUCCUGGAGCUUUUCAGACAUCCAUUUACUGCUUAUGCAUAUCUGAAUGGUGUAUAAAAUGAAGGCAAGAGUUAACAAUAUCAUUUGAAUCCCUGCUGCUUGUGCCAACCAUGGCUGAAGUUGGGUGAUUCUUGUUGUCCCGCUUCCAGGCUGCCGCAGAAGAGGGUCCUGGAUUGCCCUAUUGCCGGUAGCAGCACUGGCUUAGGAUACAGCAGAUGCUUGGCUGGCAUCCUCCUUUCCCACAAAGUGACCCCAUUUGAGGAGUUUAUGCUGGCUACCACAGGCGAGCAUAUAGCCAACCAAUUGGUAGCAUGUGUUGCCAGCAGAAACAGUAGGGACCUCCCUAGCAGCAAGGGCCCCCAACAGCAAAGCCUUGUAGAGCUGAGUGGAACCAAGCGGAAGGAAUCCUUUGCCACAUCCUGACCCCCUCCAAGCCAUAAACUGGGGGUGAGGACUGCUACAGCCACGUUAGAAUUUUGCAGUCUUACUGUAUUGGCUAAACUGCAUGCAGCUUUCUUAAACUGAUUCCUACAGGGCUGGAAUUUUCCUAGGCUGGACUCAGCCUUGAAGUAAAUUAUUCUAGACAGUUGAAAUGAAAUUGCUUCAGCUAGUUUCUGUGUGUGUGUGUGUGUGUGUGUGUGUGUAUAUAUAUAUAUCUCUCCAUUCCCAUAGGUCUUAAUUGCUUCUUUUGCAGUUCACCUGAAUGGUUGUAGCUAGAAACAGUGACCUUGAUUUGAUUCAUAGACCUUAUGGAGAGGAAAGGAAAGUCUCAAGAGCACGGUAAAAGAGUUCCAUAUUAUUCUGGCAUUUUGGGGUCAGUUGCCAACCAGUAUGGAUGACUGCUGCUCUGUUAACUUAAAAAUCCUGAAUGACACUCGACACUUCAUAAUUUUUGAAGUUAGGGUUUGCCACUGCGUAGCUACCUUCAGUCAAGACCUGCCAUGUCACAUCUGAGAGUUCUACGAUCACUGGAUAAAUCCAUGUUCUUCAUAACAAGUGCUCUUGGGUCUCCAUGGUGUAUGAUGAUAAUGUGCACUAAAUAAGUGUAGGGCUAUCUGAGGCCUUCUUCAUCCUGUGCCCUUCGAUGGCACCUUCUCCGCCAUCGUCUCAUCUCUUGGUAACGAAUAUGAUGAGGUCUAGUGGUGAUUGUAGUGAGGGUCCCAUCUUGCUCAGGAGGUCCUCAGAGAAUAACAGGAUCAGAAUUCCAGAGUCCACAAUCAGGCAAGACUGUUUUAAGGCUAACCAAAAUAAGGAGCAAGUUUCUGGGUUUCCCAGAACUCUUCAUCGAAAGCUUGUACACCCUUCUGACAUUUUUCAUGGCAUUGCCCUAAUAUGGAAUUUGCUGCUUUUCUUAUGGGCCAACACAGCUGCCUUUCAACAUGGGAAGGUUUAGAAUUGACUUAAUAUUUUGUCUAGUAUGAUACCUUUCAAAGAUGAGCUUGGAGGUUCUUUUCAGGCAAGAACACCUGAGAUCAUUGUGAGAGAAGUGACAAGAAGGGCAGUGAAAUUUCUGGGGAAGUCUUUCCAAAAAAGCAAGCCUUCUGGGAGAUUAGUUUGGUCAUAUUUGCAUACUUCCUUUUCCUCCAAAGUAGCAUGUGUGGGACUUCCCUGUUUUAUCCUUCACAUAGUGUGAGGAUAAAGUUCCCCACUUGAUCCCCACAACAGAAGUCUUUUAGACUGGGGGUUUUAUUUAAAAAUAAAUAAAAAGAAAACAUUUUAUUGAGUGUUGUUGGAAGCAGUAACAUGCAAGCCCAACCGUGGGACACAGGUGAGGUAGCAUGGAACAGAGAAUCUGAAGGAUCCAUCAACCAUGGGAGAAGGGAGAAGGGAAGAAUAACUACUUCCACCCAUGGGGUUGUAUCCACACUCCUGUUACCUGAGCAGAAUAGGAUCGGCUCAUGCAAUGGGACUUCCCCUGCCUCGCCUUCCUCUUACAGCCCUCCACAUACCCUGAAAAUAUUCUGCAGAAUAUUGAAGGGCUAUGUGGGGGAAGGAGUGAAAGGGAAAUUCCAUGAGCAGGUCUACUUGCACAGUGUGGGAUUUCACCCAUUAUCUGCAUUUACAGCAAAACAAUGGAUUUUAUGCUGCUAAAUUCUACCGAGUAAAAUUAAUGGACCUACAUCAGUUAUGUUCACUAAUUCUAAGGCAGAGCUUUCCAAACUGUGUGUUGCAACACAUUUGUCUGUUGGCUGCAGUGAGUGGGUGUCACACAAACGCUCCCUGCACCCCUCCAGGGCCUGGAAUGGGGUUAGUUUAACCACCAUUUUGCUAGUAAAACUGAAUGACUGCGUUGCGAAAUGAUGCAUGUCUAAAAAGUGUGUACCCAACAUGAAAAGUUUGGAAAGUUCUGCUCUAAUGGGUUACUCUGAGUAUGACUUGCCUUAAAUACAACACUUUUAUUAUGAUGACAGCAACCAGCAUCAUCAUAAGUUAUAGGAUAUGUUGAACCCUAGAGAGAUUAAAAAGGAAAUGGCUGGCAUAAGCAGAGAUAUAGUAAGUCCUAAUCCAAUAUCGCUGAGGGAACUUCAUGAAUGAGCAUGGACCUGAGCCCAGGUCUCCCCAGUCCAGAUUCAGUACUUUAAGUAUAUCACACCUGCUCUCCUAAUUUGGUAAACCAUUUAAGGAACGUCAAGCCCUUAAUGGCCUCGGCCCAGUAUACUUGAAGGAGCGUCUCCACCCCCAUCGUUCUGCCCGGACACUGACGUCCAGCUCUGAAGGCCUUCUGGUGGUUCCCUCACUGUGAGAAGUGAGGUUACAGGGAACCAGGCAGAGGGCCUUCCUAGUGGUGGUGCCCACCCUGUGGAACGCCCUCGCAUCAGAUGUCAAGGAAAUAAACAACUAUCUGAUUUUUAGAAGACACCUGAAGGCAACCCUGUUUAGGGAUGUUUUUAAUGUUUGAUGUUUUAACGUGUUUUUAAUAUUCUGUUGGGAGCCGACCAGAGUGGCUGGGGAAACCCAGCCAGAUGGGCGGGGUAUAAAUAAAUAAAUAAAUAAUAGCUGAAAUCAUUGCGUUGAAACCGCUGCAAUUUUAAAGGAAUUUUUGCACAUCUCUAUGUUGUUCUACAUCAGGGAUCUAGAGUGCUGGUACUACUAACAUGUGUGUCCUUUUUUCCUUCCCCCUCCCUAGCAUCCACCACCCAUAUUAGUGAAGAUAGAAUUAAGUCAGAAUUGAUUAUUCCUUCCGCCCACCUUGUGGAUGAAGGCAAUUACACAUGCACAGCUGCUAACUUCCUUGGCAACACCUCAGCCACAAUGAUGCUGAAAGUUCAAGCUCCAAGGGCGGCGGCCUCCUCGUUCUCUUCCUCAGUCUCAGGUGAGGAUUCAUACAUCGAUGUGAGGAUUGCCAAGCAGACGGUCUAUGGGAUCACUUUGGAGUGGUACAGCUUGACAGAGAAUCCAGGAGAAGCCUGGUAUACCCUCCAUUUUGGGAAGUAUGAUGACUCUAAGAAAGACAUGAUAUACAUUGGCCCCGGCAUCAAUAGCUACUCUGUCAACGACCUUCUCCCUGCCACCAAGUAUGAAGUGUGUGUUACUCUGAGGAACCAGAUGCCUCAAAAGGGGCAGUGCAUUGUGUUUGUUACAGGAAGUGACAUCAGCGAGCUGGAGCAGCGGGAGAAGCUUAUCCAUAUCAUCAUCAUUGUAUGUGCCAUGGUGCUCGCUGUCCCUGCUGGGAUGUACGCGUGUACCACCGAGACCAGGUUUAAUUGCAUGGAGAAAUGUGCCGACUUCUGCCGCCAGAGCAGGAAACGGCAAAAUCUUCGGGGGGUCAAUAAAGAGAACACGUUUGACAGUUUGCCAACAGGCAGUGAAGAGGGGCUGUGCCACCGAGACUCCAGUGACGACAAGAAAAAGCUGAAGGCUUGCGAGGACAAGGAGAAGGCCAACAAGCAGAAACCCGAGCACAGAAAUAGCGCUGAUCUCUAUUAGCCGAUCUCCAAGCACAAUCCCAUGUUAGAUAAGAGAAAGGUAAAUAUAGAAAGACUGGUGGAAAUAUCUCACACAUGUGGACAGUAGGUUUUCAUGAUACAUCAGUGUCAACAGGUGACAAGCGUACACAACAGAACUUCUGAGGCCACCAAAAACCUACAGCGGUUGAAGUUGUUGGAAGGCAAGAGAGGAACGCACAGGGUCAUCACUUUAGCAGGAACGCUAUGCCUCUGUCAGCCUUCUAGCUGUGAUUUAUGGUUAACAAUGCAGGGGAUGGAUGGAAUUGCAUUGCUUGUUGAACGAGCAUAGAGUAUGAUCUAUCAAUAUACAACCAGAGGGUUUUUCUAGAGGCAUAUCUGUAAUUUAGAUUACUGAAUUGUUUUAGGACAUCCCCACACCUUUCCUUCCCAUUGUAGCUGCUGGUGAUGGUUUUUUUAAAAAAUAAAUAAAUAAAUAAAUAAAUAAAUAAAUAAAUAAGGCAAGUUCAGAAAUAGGACCUUAGCAAUAGCACUGGUCAGACCAGGAGAGUUUGUCCAAGUGCAUUUAAAAGGUGCAAAAAAGUGGUGGAGAUUUCUAAUUCAGAUUAAGAACUCUUCUGCACAAAAAUAACUCAGAAAGACCGAAACUGUUAAAGAAAUAGAAACAAAAUGGUUUUCUUAAAAUAAACUGUUUGUUUGUUUUAAAAUCACAUCAGUCCAAAUGUGUAAUGACUAUUGGUUUCAGAAGUAAACAUGCAUCUCUACCAGCAUGAAAAGAACAUUAAAGAACAUUUAAAGCACACCCAUAACAGCGUUUACCCUUAACUGAGCUACAGUUCCUAGCACAAUACAGUUAUCAUGAUUGUUUGGGGCAGGGAUCUGCUUUCAAUGUCUGGUAUGUAUGCAGCUUUGGUUAGAUCCAGCAGCCUCUUCCUAGGUUCUUGUAGAUCUCUCUUACUGGUUAAAGUCAGCCAUAACUUUAGAUUUAACUUUAUUGUCGCCUUCUAGUGAGCUUGCAGCAGUAAUUUUUAUCAGCAGCACAAAAAGUUAGUGGUGUCUUAGUUAAUGGUGAAAUUAUAUAACAGAGCUUAUCGUACAGAAAUCCUAUUUGCUGCUAAAAUGAAGUGAUACUUAAAAGUACAACCAGCCACACAAGGUACACACUGAUCACAACAAGGAUUCUUAGUUGUCUCCACAGACCAAAAUCCAAUGUCCAUGGAGAAAAGAUGCCAGUUUCAGGUUUUUCCCCCCCUGGUAGUAGUGAAGCACAUCUCUCCCUAGGGAUGAGUGAAUUUGUCAAUUUUGGUUCUCUCAGCUUCUCAUUUUUCCAACUGAUACUCAGUUCUCUGCAUUUUGCAGCAAUGGAGGUUAAAAAAACCCCUCAUGAAAAUUCAUUGUCAUUUUAAUGUGAAUUUCUCCUUUAAAAGCUACGUUUUUAAUACGCAGUGUUGACCCCAAAAUAACACCUUUUUGUACGCUAUUUUCACCAGUAUCUUCAUUCUUGUGCCCACUUCCCCCCAAUACAUGCAUUUUUGUAGACACUAGCUGGAGAACUACAUCGCAAAAUUCAGCUAAGUGCGAAUUUUGAAGGCAAGCUGUGUUUGGGUUUGCUUAUUGCUCCUGAAUGUGCAGUUUUGAUAGAUUCAGCUUUAAACGCACAAUUGGGUUACUCCUCCAUCCCUCCAUCUCCUCACCAAUCAAUUUCACACACACACAUUGCUUUAAAAAAAGGGGCGGGGGACACUUCUCAGAUCUUCCAUGCCACAUCUGAUUUUGCCAUUAGAAACAAUCCAACAAUACUUUAUUCCCCAAAUGUAAAAUAAUUGAUAAUAGGACACGAGGGGGGAAAUGCAAUCCAUUUUCAGCAGAACUUACUAGUCUCCUUUUUGCAAAGGACACCCAAGGCACUUUACAUUAGAAGCAAUUAAAAUACAAAGCAGAAAGUUGCCCCCAUCAGUAAAUGAUCAUUAUGUUUAAUGAAGCCAUUCUCUUUUAAAUGUGUGAAAUCCCCCUCUCCUGAAAAAGGUAUAUAAACACAGUUGCAUAUCUGCAUGCAGAAAAAUUAUCUACCUGUUAUCUACCUGUCUGUCUUUAUGUAUGCAUGUGGCAAUUUUGCCCCAGAGUCUGAAACUUUCAUCAAUAUUUUUUAACUGGGCUCUUAAAAGAUGAUGUAGAAACAGUGCUAUUUUUUAAAAAUAAUAAUAAUUAUUUUUGAAGUUUACUCUUCAAAAGAGUUCAGCAUAUUUAGUUUAAUCUCCCACAGCAACUCUAUGAGGUAGGUUCAACUGAGUGGUCCAGUGAUACUUAAUGAUGCUGACAACCAAGCAGAGAUUUGGCCACAGGUCCCCACUGUUCCCUAUGCCAUGUUCAUAAGCUCAGCAAAGUUUUAUAUUCCAGAGCUUCCAGAGCAGGCAUGUCCAACUGGUCGAUCGUGAGGUGUCCCUGGUCUAUGCUCUAUGCUGGUCGAUCGUGUGCU